GUGUAGAAGUGUGUGAUAAACUGUACACAUUGUGAGACAGUGUUUGUGUAGAAAUGUGUGAUAAACUGUACACAUUGUGCGACAGUGUUUGUGUAGAAGUGUGUGAUAAACUGUACACAUUGUGAGACAGUGUUUGUGUAGAAGUGUGUAAUAUACUGUACACAUUGUGAGUCAGUGUUUUUGUAGAAGUGUGUGAUAAACUGUACACAUUGUGAGUCAGUGUUUGUGUAGAAGUGUGUGAUAUACUGUACACAUUGUGACACAGUGUUUGUGUAGAAGUGUGUAAUAUUGAACACGUUGUGAGACAGUGUUUGUGUAGAAGUGGGUGAUAAACUGUACACAUUGUGAGUCCGAGUUUGUGUAGAAGUGUGUGAUAAACUGUACACAUUGUGAGUCCGUGUUUAUGUAGAAGUGUGUGAUUGUGGCCCUUGGCUCGUCUCCAUGGUGAAAGCGCGAGACACGCUCAGAGCAGCGCGCGAGCGCAGUGGUUCUUCCCUCUUUCUCCCGACGCGCGCGCGCUCGCUGCUUUAACGGAUUUUUUACAAGCCGCCUAUUGAACACCAUUUAAGAACUCAAGACACUGAAUAACCCAUAUCCACUGGACUUAUUUUGGAGGUUUCUAAAAUAAUUUGGUUCAUGAUGCCACCAGCCCUAGACAAGACUUUAGAAAAAGAUUGCAGGAUUCACAUUUCACCUCCAGUUUUAACCCAAGAUGUGGAUUCCAGCCGAGACAUGGAUCCUCAGAUAAAACUGGUGAACAACAGCUAUGCUAGGUUUUGGUUGAAUCGUUCCUCUUUUUCCAUUUUAGACUCCUGUAGCAUCAAAGAGCUACCAGAGAUUCCCCAACAGUCAAUGGAUCACAGCUCAACAUUUUAUAAACCAGAUCUCCAGCGCAACUUGGGACCUUUGCUAGGGUGUGUGUCCAUGGACGAAUUUGGUGUAGAUUGUCCAAUGAUUCAUGAGGACUCUCGGUUCCAAGAACAAUCCAGGAAAGUUUCGGAAGAUCUUCAGAACUUAACACAAACCUUGUCAUUUCUGCCAUACUACCAAAGAGACAGUGAACCCUGUUCCUCAGCAAGAUCAAGUGACCAGAGCGUUGAUUCAAGACCAGUAUGGCGCUUAGGAUCCCACAAUUCAGUGCAGGAGGACUUUGAAGCUCGAAGAAGGCGACUCUCUUCUCAACACUGUGUAUUAACGUCUCGCAUGGGGCGAGCAAAACUCAGACUCCAUGCACUGCUCGGUGAAAACGCCCUUCAGACCUUCAACAAGCAACUAGAAGCAAUGUCGAAGAAACUCUCAUCCCUUUCACCCACUUCUUCCAAAACCCACCCUGAUUCACUACAUCCUGCAGAAAACACGUGUGUUAAUGCUUUAGGGGCUCAUGAGGAAGCCGACUGUCUUUCCGAUAAAUCUUCAGGGCAGACGUUUAAUAGCCCAGCAGUGCAGCAGGGAAACGCUGGAUCUAGUUGUUCCUCUGAAGCCUCCUCGAUGGAGAAAAGCUCUGAUAGUAUUCAGCUUAUCAGAGGUAUUAAGAGUUUAGCACAACGUGGACAGGCAGUACUUCGUAAUGCCCAGCAGGCUUUGGACUCGGAUGGUACUGACAUCAGCUCAGAUGAUGAGUGGGAUGAAAAGACUAUAAGAAAGAGACUAAGUUCAGGUUGUCUGGGAUGCGAGUGGAGGUUUCAACAUGACAGAUCGAAGUUAGCGAGUCAGUGGACAUGGAUGAAGCUAAGAUUGUCUGAGCUGGACUUGCAAAUUAAGAAGGUUUCACAGCUUUAUCAGCACCUCCUUGCAAACAAGGGAGUUGUUGUCUUGGCUGAGGCCCAGCCAUUAACAGACCUGCAAAUCCAGCAGACUCUGCUGAACGAGACGGCUGGUUUGACAUUAACAGCAAGACAUAAAAACGAUCUCAGCACUGAGCUUGACACAGAGCCCAGCAGUCCAACACGCCUCCUCCGAAACAUCGAGAGACAGAGUGCCCAGCUGAGUCAGAUAGUGAAUAGCCUGAUGUCUCCUCUAAAUGACUCGCCCUCACGCUGUCCUCCAGCUAAAGGAGACAGCAGGUGCUGGAGAGGCUCAAGAAAGAGAUCCUUUAACAGUCUGGUGACCGAUGUGUUCCUGCCGUCCGGCUCCAUGUGUAUAGGCAAGACAACCCAGAAGAAGAGGCGCGUGAGUCGCCGAGGUCAGGUCCAGUCUCAGGUGGACAUCAGUCGCGUGUGUGCACGGACACGCCCUUUACUGACUUAUCACAAGCCCCGCCUCUUCAUCAUGGACCAAUCACCAGUCACACAGCAGGGAGCGGAAACCUUGGCGUACCGGUGCUCAAGCUCUGUUUCCUGUGAUCCCAUGAGUGUGUGUUCAAGACCAGUUCCGGCUAACACAAUUAACAGCAGGUUCUGGCCAAACAAGAGCUCGGUGUCCCACUGUGUCUGUGCGGCUUUCUUCAAAGAGGACUGGUUCCAUCAACCUCGAUCCAUUGUUCUCUCACCUGGCUUCACCACUGCAGAGAAACAAGCGUCCUCCAUAUUCAAGUGCACACUUGAGCUCCAGGCUGCAGAGGCGCAUAGCAAAGCAACUCAGCACACGCCAACGCAGACCUGCAGACAGAAGGCGAAGAGACGACUCAGCGCAGCAUAGAUGUCGAUACGUUUUCUCCCAGGGCUGAGGACAGUCUAGAGGACAUGAGCACACCCUACUCUAUAAACCUACACCAGAGGAAGUCCCAAUUUGCAAAACGCAGAAGAAGCGAUGAAAGCAUCUACAACAUAAACAAUUUAGUCA